AUGGAAAGUGAUCUCGGAUACAGCAUCGUCAUUCAUUGGUGGCCCACAACAAGUGAUCAACUCAAUCGCGCAUCAAGUUGGCGGACAAUUCAAUAUCAAGUACUCAAUGUACAUUAUAUCUUGCAAUGCUACGACAACCGCUCCAGAUAUCACGCUCGAAAUCGGCAAUCACAACUACAUGAUCCCGGCACUUUGAGAAUUGAUGAGGCUACAAAAUACAUCAUUCCAUCCGGAAAGCCGAAUCUUUGCUUCAUGAACUUUGUCAACUACAAUGCACAGCCUUUCAAGCCCCAGUGGUUCAUCGGAACUCCACUUAUGCGACAAUACUGCCAUUUCUAUGAUGUCUCCAAGCAAAGACUUGGCUUUGCCAUCCCGAAAACGAAAAGCUCAAAAAAA